AUGAGUACAGAGAAGAACAUGGCUAAUGAAGUGUACACCGCUGUGUUAGUAACAGCAGGAGUGGUCGGUGUAUCAAUGGUAUCUAAAAAGGUAUUGAAAGAACCAUUCGGCACACCUGAGAAUAUUAAGGGAUUUGUUAAACUAGCACUAUCAGUAAGCGCAUCCUCUCUACUGUUAUCAUACUUGAAAAGAAAGAAGUUUAUCCCAGAUGAUCCCCUCAGUAAAUAUAUAACAUGGCAAGUACUGCUUUGGCAGGUCUAUUUAACGCAUUCGCAGGUGCAGGAUACCUUGUAAAAUACUUUGAUAAGGACGGAUUUAAGGAAGAGACCAAAAGACACGACCUAGCAAUGGAGAAGCUUGCUGGUGAGAAAGAAAAGUACUUAGAGAAACUACAAGCUAGACAAGAUAAACUUGAUGAAUUAAGGAAUGAACUAGCCGAUGCUAACAAAGACAUCAAAUCAACUAACCAGUCACUGGAACUACUAAGAGGAGUACAAGAACUUGCUGGCAAAACUAAACCUAGAGAACCACAACUUAGUGACUGCUACACGCCUAGUCCCGAGAUGGAAGAAUACAUGGUGCUCUUCAGUCUACUAACUGGUGGUGCGCUUGGUUGUGCUGUAUAUUUUCUAUUGUAAUGAUAUAGGUAAUGGACUGGCUGUUGGAAGUAUCUGUGGAUGAGAUAGUGAUGGUUGGAAAGAACGCUGAAAGCAUGCAAGAACUUGAGAAGUUAGUCAUGAAGUACGUGCAUAGGAGAAUAAUCAGGAGACAGAGACCAGAACACCAUUGUAGGGAAUGUAAAAGUAAAAAACUUAUUGUUCUAAAUGGUGCAGACACCUGUACAGAAUGUGGGACAAGUGGGAUGAGAAACCUUUCCAGUUACAUAAGUUACAACCACAACAAGAAUGACUACCUGAAGAAAAAGAGUAAGCACAACAAAGUCAAAUGGUUUAACCGUCUACUAGUGAAGCAUGUCGCAAAUCGUGACAGGGAGAAACUAAUAAUCCUAUUCAAGUUGGUAGUAAGAUGUAUAGAGAGGUUAGUUCUCGAGCGGGGGAGGAACAUUGUUAGAUAUAGGUUUUACCUACUCAGGCUAGCGGGCAUGUGUAAGAUCGAACUGAGAAACCCCCCGGAAGACAUUAAGACACAGAAGUUAAUCAACCACCUAGAGGGCCGGCUCUACGGAUAAGUGUUUGUAGAACUCAGGUGGGACGGUCGGGAUUGUCCUUACUACCUCUCUUGGAAGACAAGACAAAAUUAACUAAAAAAAUUUCAAGACUAUAGGGCGGUCUAAAAUUGACCGCUAAUUUUUUCAUAAAAAACUUUCAAGACUAUAGGGCGACAUAAAUUUACCAAAAAAAUUUUAAGACUAUAGGGCGACAUAAAUUUCAAGACUAUAGGGCGACCCAACUUUGACCUCGACUUAAAAAUAAUUUUAUACACCUAAGUUAUAGAGAAUGAGAAAAUGACAGGAAAAUCCGGAGUGAGUUUUGACUUAAAGAAAAGUUCAGUUACUAAUAAUAUAAUGAGGGGUGUGCGUUCAGACGAAAAAAUAUUUUCUAUCACAAAGGUAUAGAGAGCGAGACAAUGGCAGGAGAAUCCGGAACAACUUUUGACUUAAAGAAAAAUCAACAUACUAACAGUAUAGUGGGUGGGGUGCGUCCAGAUGAAAAAAAUAUUUUCUCAACUAAUAGUAUAAAGAGUGGGACAAUGACAGGGAAACAAACAAUGAGAAGACGCGCUGAAGACACCGAGUUCAUCCCGCUAAAAGGAUACGCGAUGAGACCACAACCGAAGAGACCAACACGAGAACCACCCCGAGAUACCGGAGGGAGUAGAACCAUGGAGACCGACACCAAAACCUAG